UAAACCCCACCAAAGAAGAAGAAAGUGAACGGAAACCGGAAAGGGUCAGUGGGUCCGACAGAAUCGGCGUGUUCAUUUCAAACCUGUAGUACAAGAGAGGACGAGCACGAGAAAGAAGCUUCCCCGUCGAGAAACUUCAGUCUACAAAUCAACAUUGAUGGAGUGGCAGCCGGACGAACAGGGACUCCAGCAGGUCCUCCAGCUCCUCAAGGACUCCCAGUCCCCCAACACGGCCACACAGAGAGCAGUGCAACAAAAACUUGAACAGCUCAACCAGUUCCCUGACUUCAACAACUAUCUAAUCUUUGUGCUCACAAGACUGAAAACUGAAGAUGAACCCACUCGUUCUCUGAGUGGUCUGAUCCUGAAGAACAAUGUGAAGGCCCACUACCAGAACUUCCCCCCGGCCGUGGCUGACUUCAUCAAGCAGGAAUGCCUCAACAACAUAGGCGACCCGUCGCCCCUCAUCCGCGCCACUAUCGGUAUCCUGAUCACCACAAUCACUUCUAAAGGGGAGCUGCAGACCUGGCCAGAGCUGCUGCCCCAGCUGUGUAACCUGCUCAACUCUGAGGACUACAACACCUGUGAGGGUUCGUUUGGAGCCCUGCAGAAGAUCUGCGAGGACUCAUCGGAGCUGUUGGAGAGCGACGCACUCAACCGCCCGCUCAACAUCAUGAUCCCCAAGUUCCUGCAGUUCUUUAAGCACUGCAGCCCUAAGAUCAGAUCUCAUGCCAUCGCCUGUGUGAACCAGUUCAUCAUCGGCAGAGCCCAGGCCCUGAUGGACAACAUCGACACCUUCAUAGAGAGCCUGUUUGCGCUGGCUACAGACGAGGACUCUGAGGUGAGGAAGAACGUGUGCCGGGCUCUGGUCAUGCUGCUGGAGGUCCGUAUCGACCGGCUAAUCCCUCACAUGCACAGCAUCAUACAGUACAUGCUGCAGCGCACACAGGACCCGGAUGAGAAUGUUUCUCUGGAGGCCUGUGAGUUCUGGCUCACCUUGGCUGAGCAGCCCAUCUGUAAAGAGGUGCUCUCUGGACACCUGGUGCAGCUCAUUCCUAUCCUGGUGAACGGCAUGAAGUACUCUGAGAUAGACAUUAUCCUGCUGAAGGGUGAUGUGGAGGAGGACGAGGCUGUGCCAGACAGUGAGCAGGACAUCAAGCCCCGCUUCCACAAGUCCCGCACCGUCACCCUGCAGCACGAGGGCGGAGAGGGCGAGGAGGGAGAGGACAUCGAUGAAGACGACGAUGAUGAUGACGAUACAUUAUCUGACUGGAACCUACGCAAGUGUUCGGCGGCAGCGCUGGAUGUGCUGGCCAAUGUGUUCCGAGACGAGCUGCUGCCUCACCUGCUGCCCCUGCUCAAGGGCCUUCUCUUCUCCCCUGACUGGGUCACCAAGGAGUCUGGCAUCCUGGUGCUGGGGGCCAUCGCUGAGGGCUGUAUGCAGGGCAUGGUGCCCUACCUCCCGGAGCUCCUCCCCCACCUCAUUGCAUGCCUGUGUGACAAGAAGGCCCUGGUGCGCUCCAUCGCCUGCUGGACCCUGUCCCGCUACGCCCACUGGGUGGUCAGCCAGCCCCCAGACUCCCACCUCAAACCCCUGAUGACCGAGCUGCUUAAGAGGAUACUGGACGGCAACAAGAGGGUGCAGGAGGCCGCCUGCAGUGCGUUUGCCACCCUGGAGGAGGAAGCGUGUACAGAGCUGGUGCCCUACCUCAGCUUCAUCCUGGACACGCUGGUGUUCGCCUUCGGCAAGUACCAGCACAAGAACCUGCUCAUCCUCUACGACGCCAUCGGAACGCUCGCCGACUCCGUAGGACACCAUCUCAACCAGCCUGAGUACAUCCAGAAGCUGAUGCCUCCCCUCAUUGCCAAAUGGAAUGAGCUGAAGGACGAGGACAAGGAUCUCUUUCCACUUCUGGAGUGCCUGUCGUCAGUGGCCACGGCCCUGCAAAGUGGCUUCCUGCCCUACUGUGAGCCUGUCUACCAGCGCUGUGUAACCCUGGUCCAGAAGACCCUCGCUCAGGCCAUGAUGUACAACCAGCACCCUGACCAGUACGAAGCUCCUGACAAGGACUUCAUGAUUGUGGCCCUGGACCUGCUGAGUGGCCUGGCCGAGGGCUUGGGGGGCAGUGUGGACCAGCUGGUGGCCCGCAGCAACAUCAUGACCCUGCUCUUCCAGUGCAUGCAGGACCCUAUGCCAGAGGUGAGACAGAGCUCCUUUGCCCUGCUGGGUGACCUGACCAAGGCCUGCUUCCCUCAUGUCAAACCCUGCAUUGCCGAGUUCAUGCCGAUCCUGGGCCUAAACCUGAACCCAGAGUUCAUCUCUGUGUGUAACAAUGCUACCUGGGCCAUUGGCGAGAUCGCCAUGCAGAUGGGGAGAACUGACAAGAAGGAUGAAGGAGAUUGCUCAGGAGCAGACAUGCAACCCUAUGUUGGGCUGGUCCUCAACAACCUGGUGGAGAUCAUCAACAGACCUAACACACCCAAGACCCUCCUGGAGAAUACAGCCAUUACGAUCGGCAGGCUGGGCUACGUGUGUCCACAGGAGGUGUCUCCCAUGCUGCAACAGUUUAUCAGACCCUGGUGCACAUCGUUGAGGAACAUCAGGGACAAUGAGGAGAAAGACUCUGCGUUCCGUGGAAUCUGCAUGAUGAUUGGAGUCAACCCCGCUGGAGUGGUUCAGGACUUCAUCUUCUUCUGUGAUGCUGUGGCCUCCUGGGUUAGUCCUAAGGACGAUCUGAGAGACAUGUUCUACAAGAUCCUCCAUGGCUUCAAGGACCAGGUGGGGGAGGAGAACUGGCAGCAGUUCUCAGAACAAUUCCCCCCUCUGCUGAAGGAGAGGCUGUCGGCCUGCUAUGGCGUGUAGUUCCCCUCGCCGACACAGGACACGCCUGUCAGGUUUAAUCUACGGGAGGGUUACUGGGGGAACUCAUCCAUCUGUGUUACUGCACUGCCCUGAUCGUGGGGGCAGGAGGAGAGGGACUGGCCCUGGCUCCUGUCCAUUCAGACUACAAGUCCCACGACCCUGUGUGUCUCUGUGAG